AAGUAUCUGAUGAUGAGACUAACCCAACUGCUUCAGAGCAAGAGACUGAAUCGGAAAGUGAGGAAGACAUCGACAGUGAAAUAGAAGUUGAAAAACAGAAUUUAGAGAAAAAGAAUUUUUUAAUGUACACCACGACCGAAAACGAUUGGCAAACCACUCGACCACGAACUUGGAGAACUGAGUUUCCUGUCGAAAGACCGGAUUACAGUAAAUGGAAACCCAUCAAGCACUGA